GAGUCUGCUCCCUUGGCAGUGAGCACCCGUGGGAGGCUGGGUGAGAGAUAACGUACCGCUUGAAGAUCCCCACAUUACCUCACCAGAUAAGGCAGAGGGAGGGGAUGGAGCCGAGCGGAGUGGACAUUGGGCCUUUGGGUGGAAGAGAGGGCCGAGCCCCUUUACGCAGCUCGAGGGAGACACUGAAGUGCUGUCAUUUAGACACUGGUUUGGUGGCCUUGCCGGUGGUUCCCAUGGCAGAGCGAGCGGUACGAGAGGAUGUGGCACAAGAGUGGGGAGAGAUGGGAGGAAAGAGUGUGCGGACGCAGAGAUGGAUACAACCAUGCGUAAAAAAGGCAACACAUCGAGAGCCAAAGAAGUGGGCAAAAUCUGGGCCGACAACUCCAUCCAGGGUAUGUAAGAGCCAAAACUCUCCUGAGAAUGCCGCGAGAGAGAGGAGUCGUGUUCGGAACCUCAGACAAGCCUUCCACAGCCUGCAGGCUGCUUUACCCUCCGUCCCUCCCGACACAAAACUCUCCAAACUGGAUGUUCUGGUCCUGGCCACCAACUAUAUCGCACACUUGACCGAAACCCUGGACCAGGGUGGGAUGUUGGAGGACCAUCCAAUCCUGCAGAGGGCAGAGUACCUGCAUCCUGUGAAGAAAUGGCCCAUGCGUUCUCUCCUCUACUGUGGGAACAUAGGAGAGCGACUAACAGGAGCACAGAUCAAUCAGGAGGCAUCUUGCCCACCUAAGGUGAAAGCAGACUAAUGGACUGAGAAAACAUCUGGCAAUUGUUGGACAAUUCCAUUUUUUGUGAAUGGAAAAUAGAUCUGAAGAGUUUUUUUUUUUUUUUUUUUUUUUUUAAGUAGGAUCUCUUUUAUCAGUUGUCUUGACCACACAUAUACUAGACAUUUCCACAUUUUUUACCUUUUAUUUUGAUAAAUCACUAGUAUAUAAUUGUUUAUAUAUUAUCCCACAUAUAUACCAUAUAGUUGGUUGUUCACUUGUCCCAGUCUUCCAUAGUAAGUGCAUAACUGCACAAAUUAGUACAUAACUAAUACAUAACUAGUACAUAGUGCAUAACUAUUAAAAAUUAGUGUUAACUAAUUUGUAUUCCUUUGUAUAAACUUUGUAUAAAAAGAAAUUAUUAUCUGUGGUAAUAGACAUCAUGCCACAUCAUAUAUAUAUAUAUAUAUAUAUAUAUAUAUAUAUAUAUAAAUAUAAGUUAUAUAAAGUUUUCAUUUUCAGGAAUUCAAGAAUUCCUCAAUUAGGUUGUAUUUUUUCACUAUUUGUUGGCAAUUUUUAUAAUUAAAAAGUAAAUUGAGAAGUAUUAAUAAUAGGAAUACAGAAAUAACAUAAAUAUUUCACAAGAACACAGAAUUUGUAAAACUCAUAUUUUGAAAAGUUAACAUUAUUCAAAAUUUUAAGAGAUAAAGUAAAUAAUUUAGAUCAUAGGAUAAUUUUACCAACUUAUAUUGAUUCUAUGGAAGAAAAGCUAGAUUCUUUUAACUCAGAAUAUUCCUAUUUGCUCUUACCCAUUCAAAGCUUAACUAAAAGUUAACAGUUCACUUUAUCUCUUCUGGCUGUCCGUAUCCUGAGUGUUUGGGUUUAAUAUGCAUGUUUUGCACUUGAUAGUAAUAAAAUGAAUGUCUUGAUUAGUGGGAAGGGAGGAUUGUUGUAGGGAACAUUUGGUAACCACACAUGAGUAGACAACCCCCAUGUCCUCUUAAUCAUGGGUAGCUCAGCAGAUCGUUUAAAAUUAUUAUAGUCAGUGAAACCACAUUCAAAAUAUUUUCCCCUCCAAAAGUAACAGAGUUCUUACGGAAUUGCUGAUGUGUGGCUUGCUGAUGUGUUUAACCACUGUUGAGAACAGAUUAAGGUUGAUUAGGCUCAAUCCCCUGGUUUCACAGACAAGGUUUAAGCCUGUUUUAACUGAAAGCAACUUGCACUGACAUUUAAUAAAAUAUGUCAGUGCCAUUUUUUUGUCUCAAGAUGCACACCAGUAAGGCACAUUUUUUAAGGCACGUUUAUAAAAGCUACGUAAAUGUCCUAAUUGAACUAAGGCCUAAUCCUGGCUUAAAACAGGGCCUAUUAUCAUUAACUUUGACAUAGAUGAACCUUAAGUUCACUGCUUUAGCCUCUUUUCUUGAUGAACAAGAGAAUUAGUGACACGGUCUAAAUUCUUUAUGAGAGAAAUUUGACUUCCAGUCAAAUGAUUGCACACACUUGACUGAAUUUAUGUUUCUCGUUAUCUUAAAAACAUUUUGGUCUAAGCUAAUGCUUAAAUGCUUGAAAUUCAUUAGGGAACUUCUUCAAUACUGUUUAACUCAUACAUGGAUAAUUCAGUCCCAAAGGAGAAAAACAUCUUCAUGUUUCAUUUUUUUUUUUUUUCUUCAAAAAAGAAUAAAAUUAUUCUCAAUCUUUUCGUCUUUCAUCAAAAUAAUAAAUUUUGAGGAGUUUGUUGCAAUAGAAGAUAGUAGAAAAUAGGUACUUAACUACUCAUUUUUUGUUAUUAAAUUGCCAGAUUAUUAUAGGUAGGGUUUAACAAUCACAUAGAUGUACAUUACCAUGAAAUGUAUAAGAAACUCCAUCAACACUUGAGAUCUAGAUCUUGUAUUUUACUUGUAUUAUCUUUUGGUACAUGCAUAAGUUAUUUUUACAAAAUAAAUGCCCUCUUUGGGAAGUCACGGUUAAAACAUGUCAACCACCACAAACUUGGCUAAAUGUGUGUUGUAUUUUUGUGUGAGGAACAUACAUGCCUAUCCUCAAUUAUUCAUAUCCAGAGCUCCAGAUCUUUGCAAAACAUGGGCUCUCAUCCAUAAGAAAUGGUCAAGGCUAACUCUAUAAAUCUGUCUAAGUUCCUGAUAAAACCUUUUUCUCAUGUUAAUAGCCAAAAUGGACCAGAGAGAACUGCGCUACUAAGGCAAGGGUUACGGAGCCGGAGAACGAGGGCAAACGUUUGCUGUGUUAGAAUCUCUGCCAUGCACCGCAACUCGUUCUCACCAUUUAAGGACGUGAUCUCAGCAAGUAACGUUGAGCUGAAGAAGAAUGGAUCUGGCUUUAAUGAUAAUACUGAAUGCUGUAAUUAAUUAAGGAAAUUCUGGGAUCUAUGGGGAACACAUGUCCAAUUAGAGCCAAAAGAGUUUUACAGACUGAUACAAUAUUAGCACUUUCCAGAGAGAGAAAAAAAAAAAAAAAUUCUCAGAUGUUCAAGAAAAUCACCUAUCAUUCUCCAAAAACCCAUGAUUAUUAUAAUGAAACAUCAAGAACAUCUUUAAUAUCCAAACAACCAUAUAAACUUACAAACUUUUAAGACAAUGGGAAAUAUAUGAAGUAAAAUGAGAAAUACCUUGAUUUUUAGUUAUGGAGUAUUAGAAUUCUUAUUUUGUCUUAUUUUUAAGUAUAUUUAAAUCAUAUUGAGGCCUCCUGAUUGAAAACUUUUUUUUCUAGUUAUGCUGAGCUCUAAAGCAUUUUAUAGGGUAUAGAGUAGAAAAUGUCAUGGGGACUUUGAACAAUGUGGGGACCACCGCUCUAGAUUAAGACCCAAUAAGAGGUUUCUUUGAAAACUGAAUGGGACGUAACAGUUUUGCAUUUCACACUUGAGCGCCACUUGUAAUAAUGAAUUUCUUGAGAUUUUUACCUACGAAUACUAAAAAUGAGCUGCUUUCUCCUUAAGAACUGUGAUUUACUGUAUCUUGGCUCAGUGAUAUCCAGAUUCUGUCAUUUCCUCUCAUGUUAGACAGAUAAUCAAAAUAGCUGCUUUAUCUCCUACUCAUUAGACCUAGUACAUGCUGAUGGCUGGCUAAAUUUAUGCUGUAUUUUGGCCAAGUUUCUUGACUUUGCCUGAUCUUACUGGAACAAGGAAAGAGGAGGAACCACAGUGGAAUGUAAAACACACACACACACACACACACACACACACACACACACACACAAUAAAACAUGAAAUACUCCAUCCUAAGAUUUGACUAAAUGUCCUCAUUGUCCAGAGUUUCAUCUCCACUAAAUUUGUAAGCAACAUCUUAUUUCCACUUCGGGAAGGAGAUGAUCUGGAAUGAAAUGCAUUGGAUUUGAAUCUAAACAUUUUUAAUUAAAAUAGGUCAAGUGAAGCAUUACAGAUUUGAACGAGCAGCCCUUUGGCUAAAAUUCAAUGGCCAUUAUCUUUCUGAAUUACAAAUCAAUAUAAUAUGCUUUCAGUGAAAAAUCAUAAAACAUUGUACCAUUUAAAUUUCAAACCAACAACAAAAAAUGAGUCCAUUUGCUAGAAACACAGUAUUUAAUAAUCCUGAGACACAAAUGACUCAGUUUUACAUCACAAAACUGACUGCUCACAGAGAUUUUUUUUAUAAUGUGACCCUAUUCUCAACCACAUACUUAUAAAAGACAAACUAAACUGUAUGAUCCACUACUACUCCACACACAGGAGCAUUAUAUCAUAUAAAUCAUAUGGACUUCUCUCAUUCAAGCAAUAUGGAUAGAAAAUGUCCUAUAAUUAAAAAAAAAAUUAAAAAAAAAAGAAAAAAGUAAA